CCCACUCUUAAUUGUGGUAUUAAGAGUAUCUGUUUAAAUUAUGGGAAUAGUUAUUUCCAAAGUUUUUUUUCUGAAUUCUUAAUUAAAAUGCCGGCUGUUAAAUUUCAUUUAUAACUUGGCUCAGUGUCAUUCUAUCCUCCUAGAGUGGAACCUAAUUUAUCCUUUGAACUCUAAGUACAAAUUCAAUUAUUAUUCUUUGUACAGUGUUACGGUGUUACAUUGAGCCUUUUUGUGGCGAGCCAACCAGGAGGAUAAAUACAGCCUGAGCACACAUUUUUUAUUUUACCAAGUGACAUUUUAUUUCCUGUAAAAUUCUUUUUGAAAGAGAAAGGCUUUUGAUAGCAAAAUGAGUGUCUCAGAUGUUGAAAGGCGCUACCAUGUCAAAGCAAAUUGUUCUGUACACUGUAAAAGCAAAUAGUAAUCCUUACUAUAAAAAUGCUAGUAUGUUUACUUGUUUUUAACCAAACUGUUGAGUUUACUUAAAACGGUUAAUUGUUCUUUAAAUGUUACACUACAAAGUUCACAUAACUAAUGCAAUUUAAGUAAACUUACUCAAAAUAUCCAAGACGUUCUAUUGAGCAUGCGCAUUUGAGCACAUUUCCCCUCCCCCACACCUGGACGAAGCACAUGGAGUGACUCGUGAGGAAGAUUCUCAAAGGAAGUUUUAACGUUACCCUCUGCAACUUUAAGGUAAUUAACACAACAUUUUCUAUUUUUCUUGUUUGCUUGUCCUUAUUGUCGACACAUUUUCCACAAUUAUAUGCAUGCAUGCUGUUUUGACGAAUUUAUUACGAUGUUAGGCCUAUGUUACAUUUAACGUUACCGGGUCAAUUGGUGCAAAAAUACAACCAAUUUGAACAAAUCUUUACUUAAAUUAAAUGUAAAGGGGUAAAAAAAAACAACUGUAUAAUUAAACUAAGUAUAUAUUACAAGAUAGUCUGCUCAUGUUUGCAAUAAAGAUUGUUUUUGCAACGUUAUACAUUAAACCAAUCACACGUGCGAUGUCCAAACAGAUGCGUUUUGAAUGCUUCAUCAGUGUUGUAGAGAAACGCGAGGUUUUCAUGAAACAAACGUGCAUAUUUGAUAUAAUAAAGCAAUGAGCCAAAAUAAGCAGUCUUUUACAGUAAUUUAAGAACUGCCAUGCAAGACUAAGUCCUAUAUACUUGAAUGGGGAAAACCGAUAUCUCUAAAAUCGCGUGCUGAUAUCACAAUUAACGUAACACAACACAUUUCAGACCAACAAUUAAAGCCUGACAUUAACUGUACCAUAAUAUUUGUAUAAACGGCUUUUUUCUAGUUUGUUAUACUGAGCAUGUGCAAAGAUUGGCAAUCGCCUCGCUACUCUCUAUAUAAAGCCCCUUCCCAGAGAAGCGUCAGCAUUUAUAGAUUAGCCUUAUUGUGCUUUAUUAUUUCUUUUCUGAAACUUUGAUUUCGUUUACUUGGAAAGGAUUGAUCAAAUAAACGGAGCAAUGGUGCGUAGUUCUUCAUUAACAGUUGUGUGUGUGUGCGCGCGCAACAUUACGGCUGCCAAGCAACAACACAGACGCAGUAAAAGGCAUGCCAAAUCGACGUCACCCUAAAUGCGCCGGUUUGACGCGUUCAUGCAAUGUUUUGAGGGAGACGCUAAUUUUACUCGUUUAUCCUCGGUCGAGGACAACGCGGAAAAAAGAAGAUAAUAGAUGCAAACAGAUAACCUGCUGAUUUCCUUCUGCCAUGCAGUGGAAAUAAUUUCAGCCAGCCAUGUCAAUGAUGUUUCGCGUUAUUGUGCACGACAGUGACAUCCGAAAGGUUGUGAUUUCAGAAAAACCAGCUGAUGUUGAAGCCUUGAAACGUGUGCUUCAAGAGAAGUUGCAAGUCACAUAUUCUUUCAAUGUCCAAUUUGAAGACCCUGACUUUAAUCAUGCAUUAUGCAACCUAAGUGAUAUUAAUGAUUUGCCAGAUAAGGCCACAUUGAAAAUAAUUCCUCUAUCAACUUCUCCCUCCUCAAGUCAGGCCGACACUGUACUUCUCUCAGGUUCGGAUACAUCAGAGCAGUUGUCUGCUGAACGCCAGAGUGAGUGGCCAGAGGAUUUUGAAAUCCCUAAAUUUUCUGUUAAUGUUGAGUAUCGUCUCCGUCAGGGAAACCUUGCUUUUAUGAAAGAUGGUACAAGUCUUGAUGUUGGAAGAGACAUUAAACAUGACAUAUUGGAAUCACUUGCGGGUGCCAUGUACACUUUUAAGGCAUAUCCAUCAGAUGAAAACUUUGCUCAAGUUGCUACCGCUCUUAUCAGAGCACACCCCUGCUUGACUGAACCGGGUUCUUCAACAGGAUCAGCUGGAUGGAAAAACAGCCUGAAAUUUAAAAUGGCCAACUACAGAACAAAACUGCGUAAAUGUGGCUGUAGUGAUGUUGCUGUUGAGGGAAAGAGAGGUGCAGAAGCAGGCAGUGCUUUUAGGAGAAGCAUUAAAAAACCUAGACGAUUUGAAGUAAAUUUUUUGCCAAAUUUUCCUAACGGGGAGAAUGAAGACAGUCAAGAAUGCCUGAGAAAAGAACUUGUAGAAGAAAUGAAAAAGAAGAGUCGAGACAUGAGCCUCAUUGGCCAAAAGAUGGACAGUACAUUUGCCCUGAGACGGAAGGAAAUCAUUCACUCUGAACCUCCUGUUUCUGAGAUCUUGGAAAAAUGGCCAGCACUUUUCACAGAAAGCCAGAUCUUUGCAGAAUUCAAUCGUAUAUCUGGCAAGAAUCUGCGAUCUGAAUUCUAUGCAGCACUGGACAAACACUCUGCACGUUUCCUUGAAAUUUUCCGGAAGAAAGGGGGAACUCAAGGACGAACACUUGAUGAAAUUUUACGUCAGGUUGAUUUAAAGUCAUCUGAUGUAUCUUGUGUGCGUACAGCUGUACUUUAUGGACUUCCAGUUCUCCUGGGGGAUGACUCGGAUGAGUUUUUCAAGACGUGCUUUGAUUCUGAUGUAGAUGCAGACUUCAGCCAAAUUGAUGUUGGCCUGCUUACAGUUCUACCUGAAGACAUGCCUGCCAGAACUCCACAUGCACUCAACGUUAACGCAAUGAGGGAAAUCAUUCUGGAGGGAAAAUUUGUCAUGGACGAUGUCCGAAGCUUGCCACAUGCUGUAUGUCUCCUUUUUGCUUUAAUCUAUGCUCUAAAUUUAGACUACCCAAAGACAAUGAGGAAUACAUUUGAAUUUAUUCAGAGGGUAUUUCUGUCUUUAGGAGGUAAGAACCUGAAACCCAAACUCCAAACUCUAAAAAAUCAGCUUUUAACCUAAUGUCUUUUCUUUUGGCCUUGGGUGCCUAUGCUAACCGUUAAAGGUAUAAUUCACCAAAAAAUUCUAUCAUCAUUUACUCACUUUCAUGUUACAAACCUGCCUAAAUUGAAGAUAUUUUGAGAAAUGUUUGCAACCAAACUGUUCAUGGACCUUAUUGACUUCCAUAGUAGGAUAAAAGAAUACUAUGGAAGUAAACAGGGUCCAUGAAUGGUUUAGUUACAAUCACUUCUCAAAAUAUCUUCAUUUGUGUUCAUCAAAAAGAAAUGUAGGCGGUUUGUAACGACAUGAAAGUAAGUAAAUGAUGACAGAAUUUUCAAUUUUUUGGGUGAAUAUUACUUUAACUGGUUGAUGCAAAAAUUAAGAAAAUGUUAACCCUUUAAAUGUGUUUAGGCAUGUUUAGUAAUGGCACUUUUUUCACAUGUGCCUUGACUUCACUUGUUAAAAAGGGAUCAGUUAUGUGUUUUUUAAGUAACUGUCCCUUUCCUUUCAUGUUUUGUACUUGGACUAAGUGUGCCUUGGUUUUACCUCUUGUAACAAGGGGAAGAGUUUUUUCUUUAAGUAACACCCUUUCCUAAGUCAGUUGUCUGUAUUUCAGGCAUGUUUUGUAAUUGCACUAAGUGUACAUUGGUUUCGCCCUCUUGUAACAAGGGGAUCAGUUAUGGUUUUUGUUGUUGUUUAUAAGUAGCAGACCCUUUCCAAAGUUAGCUCUCAUGUAUUUUAGACAUGUUUUGUAUUGCACUUAGUGUGCCUUGGUUUUACUUUUGCUUUUGAAAGGGUCUGUUACUCAAAAAACAUUAGACAUGUUUUGUAUUGCAUUAAGGUGCCUCGGUUUCACCAUUUGUAACAAUCAAGUAUUUUAAGUAACAGACCCUUUCCAAAGCCAGUCUGUAUUUAAGGAAUAUUUGUAAUUACACAAAAUUCCAAAUUGUUGUUUACAAAGCCAAAUUUCUGCAGAUACAGGCCUAUUUUGUUCUCUAAAGUGCCUUUUCUUACAGAAAAGCUUUUUAGGAUUUUGUUGUGAAUGACAGAAAAAGGCAAGUUAGUCAGAAAGACUGAUACUGUUUGAACAGAAGUGUCCAUGUGUUCACUGCAUUAUGUUUUAAAAAGCUUUCUAGCUGUUUAUUACAAAAAUAAACAGUUCAGAAUUCCAUAUGUGUGUUGAGUGUUUUCUCUAUCAGUUGUACUUAAAAAAAUAUGUUCAUUUUACUUAAAAAAACUUUGGAAACCGAUUGCACAUAGUUUUUUAAGUUGACAUAGCUUAAAAUUGUUAAUUAAAUCCAUGUCCAGAGCACUAGUAUUUAGAAUGUUAGCAGUACUAAAUAAAACCUUGUUAGUUUAAUUGAAUUAAUACGGUAA